AUCAUCUUGGCAGACUGACUGAAAAGCUGUGCUCAGCUCGGUUCAACCGGUUCAACUGAUUCAGUGAAAAGAUUCCGCUAAAUCGGAUGAUUCUAUCUGACUAGAGAUUUUGGAGUAAAAAUCUGGAGUUGAAAGGCAAAUCAUCAUGGGGAUCAAAACAUUAUUGUUUUUAGUUGUAAUCGCCCAUACAUGCAUGGCCACCUUUAAUGAUACCUCUGUGAGUAACUUUGAACAGACUGAUGAGCCAAUUGAUGACAAGAAGUCUUCAAACCAGACGUUUCAUGAAUUUGGUUCAGGAGCACCAGUCAACUGUGUUGGCAGUUUUACUACUAGACCAGACAAUAUUUCUACUCUGGACCAAGCAAAGCUCAACUCCUCCUCAUUGUCCAUCUCAGAAGAGGCUGUUGACUUCCUUAAAGGCCCAGUGGUCACACGCAUCAUGCCCUCGUUCUACAUCGUCAUCAUCCUCAUUAGUUUGCCCCUGAAUGCUUUGGCCUUGGUGACGUUCACAUGUAAGAUUCGAGUGAAGAAACCAGCUGUGAUCUACAUGUCUCACCUGGCGUGUGUGGACCUGCUCUUCACUCUGCUGCUGCCUCUGAAGAUCCACUACCAGCUGAACGCUUCAGAUUGGGUGUUCGGUGAGGCGGUGUGUCGUGUGAUCAGUGCAGCUUACUACUGCUACAUGUACUGCUCCAUACUGCUGAUGAUGUGCAUGAGUGUGGACAGGCUGCUGGCCGUGGUGUUUCCCGUUGCCUCUCUGACCUGGAGGAGUGCAAGGAAAACCACAUACAUAUGUGUGCUGGUCUGGCUGCUGGCGAUCGCUGGUACAGUGCCACUUCUCUCAAUAAGACAAACAUUCAAGAUCAAGGAUGUGGGCAUCACCUGUCAUGAUGUGCAGAUCCAUUACAAGCUGUAUGUGUACCUGUUCUUCACCCUAACCUGCGUCUACUUCUUUGUGCCACUAAUCAUCACCUUAGUGAGCUACUCCAUCAUCAUAUAUGUGCUCCGUGUAAAGUCUGAUCUCUUAGCUAUAUCACCCUCAUCUUCAGGCAGUCGAAGGAGAGCUGUGAUUAUGGCUAUCGCCGUUCUGACUGAGUUUGGAUUGUGCUUUGCUCCAUCCAAUUGCAUCCUGUGGUACCACUGUUAUAUUUUAGCAACUGGAAACAACAGUGAGGAUGAGGAUUCAUCAUAUUCUGCUUACCUGUUGGCUUUGUGUUUGGGGAGCACAAGUGUUUUUCUGGACCCUCUGCUGUACUACUACGGCUCGUCUCAGAGCAGACAGAAGAUCAGCUCUGUGUUUAGGAGGGAAAAAACAACCUCAUCAUGUAACACACAGACCAAAUCCACAGAUGCUACUAAAAUCAGGCUUUUGGUUUUCCAUAACUUAUAAUGAAAUGAUAUCUUGCAUGAAUUGUUAAAAUGCUACUACUUUACUUGUUGAGUUUGUCUGAUCAAAAGCAGAAGGAACAUGUAACAGUUGCCUAGCCAUAAAUGUAUUUUGCAAAACUUAGAUAUGGUUUAACUUCCCUAUUUUUUAAAGUCACUUAAUUUUUAUUUCACACGAUCUUUGACUCAGACCUCAGCAGGUUGUUUUAGCUAUAAUACUGUUAAGACUUAUAUACGUAAAUAUCUGUACUCUGUGAUUGUAGUUUACAUUGAUUGUAGUCAUUCCUCAGUAAUGUUGCUGAGAACUGGAAAAGCAUUGAUAUGUAAAAUGAGGGAAGGUCAAAUGAUUUUCAAAGAAAUGAGGUCUUGAUUUAUUUUUUUAAUAAACUAGUGAAAUAGUAGUCCAUGUAAAGAUUUCUUCGUGGAGGAAAAAA